AUGACCAGGACUCCUUCGACAUUCUCAUCUGUGACAAGAGACGGAUCGAACACCGACAAAGGACCGGUUCAACUUUUGGAGUUUCCAUCUCAGUCGUCUAUAAACAGCUUUACUUCUCUUUCAUCAUCCAUCGUUUCCAGUCUGUCUCCAAUGACUGUCGAACAAGCAAUCAGUCUUUUGACUAAACCAAUCCCUGUUAACAUCAAUGUGAAAAAAGAAAUCAAGGAGUGGCUCGCAUCGAACAGAUUCACCAACAAAUUUUUCGCCAGUAACAUUUUGAAUAUCAAAGGGAAUCACUUGACAAAUAUAUUUGCUCAACCGAGAGAUUUUAUACUCGAAUCUCGUAUUCUUUUUUAUUGA